CCACAAUAUCAGCAGCUUUUGCUAAAUCAACUAAAUACAGGCCAGGCAGCGAAAGAUGGACCAAGUGUACAACAGCUGUUGCAAGAUUUCUGGCGAAGGAGUGCGUCCCAUUUCAGGCGGUUGAAAGAGAAAGUUUCAAAAAAAUGUUGACUACACUGGAUGCGCAGUAUGAACCGCCUGGGAGGAAAUAUUUCUCGGAGACUGCUGUGCCAAAACUGUAUGAACAGCUGAGAGGGGAAAUAGUUAAUGAAUUAAAAGAGGCCAACUUCAUUGCUUUGACUACGGAUAUGUGGUCAAGCAUUAACAUGUCUCCUUAUAUGUCCAUAACUGCACACUAUGUCUCAAAAGACUGGACAUUAAAAUCCAAAUGUCUCGAGACAGCUUUUACCCCAGAGAGUCACACCGCGGCGGUGCUAGCUGAAGCACUCCAGGAUGGGUUGCAAGCAUGGGAAAUAGGAGAAGAGAAAGUCGUCUGCAUUACAAGCGACAACGGAGCCAACAUCGUUGCAGCUGUUCGUGAUCUUAAGUGGCCAUGGAUCAGUUGUUUCGGGCAUAAUUUGAACUUAGCCGUCAACAAUGCCUUGAAUAAAGAAAAAAACAAAACGGACCGGGCUUUCGGAGUGUGUCGCCAAAUAAAUGGAGCCUUUUCACACAGUUGGCAAAGGCGACAGCAACUCAGGAAAGAGCAAGAGCAACAGGGGAUAAAGAAACCGCUUUCUUUAAUAACUGAUUGUGCAACGCGCUGGGGCAGCAAAUAUGCCAUGACAGAGAGGAUUCUCACCCUGCUGCCUCACAUCAGAAGGGUUUUUGCUGAUGACAGGACUCGGCGCACACUACCAACCAUUGGCUGUCACAGAAGGCCUGAAAUCUGUAUCUGAAUUUACAGACAUCUUGUCAAGUGAGCGUGAC